AUGCUAGACAGGCGGAACAUGAAGAUCCGGCAGGAACAGCUGCUGCUCGAAUCCUCGACGUGGCACCUCGCACGAGCGACGGCAGGCUUCAAAGUGGCUCCCAACUUUGUGCGCAACCUCAAGGCCCGAGGCAAAGUGGUCAAGUCGAAGCCCAUCCUCAGCUACCUGCUGCCAUCCAACAGAUCAAGCACCAUCCGCAACCUCCGUCACAACACACUUCCUCGACUUCGCCAUUCUGCCCAGUCCCGUAUAUACCGCUUUCUCGUCAGUCGACAGGCCAGGAAGCAGCAGCCCAAGGUCAAGGGCAUCCUCGCCUACCUGCGUCAGCGCUUGGGGUCACGCGCCGAGAAACAUGCACCGGGAAGCUUACACGACAUGUCAUACCGCGGAUACCAAGACGAUGCGCCUCGCGAGUCGGGCGGCCGUCGUAAGAAGCUGGCCGGCUACCUCAAGGCUGCGAACGACCUGAGGCAGUCAUACGCAUCGCAGUGGUCCCAGUCCAGAGACUUUGCCAACGAUAGCGAGGAGCAGCCCGGCAUCUUCCCCGGCGCCGACGUCGUCCGCAGCGGCGACGAGGAGAUGAUCAUCUUCCCCAGCUACGCCACCAAGCACAUCCGAGCAAAGCCCCGCGCCCACCCAGGCACCAUCCAGCAACAGGGCGGCACCGGUCGAGAUGUCCGAGACACGGCGGGAGCUGGAGAUGCCGAGUUCUGGAAGUCACAAUGGGAAGAGUACGAACAAGACAAGGCUAUCGUCGACGUCGAUGUGCGUGGAUGGCUCUACACUCCGCACAAGGGCCAACUCAGUCGCAAACACCGCCUCAUGGUUGGUCUUGCGAGACAGCUCGUCGGCAUCCAAGCUCCCUCGGGCAGGUCGAGUUCUGCCAACAGUCGAGCUAGCAGUCGCUCGUCCAGCCCGGUCGGUGCUCACAGAGACUCGACCGCAAGACAAGAGGAGGAAGCAAUACAAAAGCAGGCAGACGAGAUCCUCAAGAAGGGCGAGAAGGAGGCUGAGAUUGCUGGCAGGGGCGGCUUCAGCGAGCCUCCCAGCCAAUAUGCAGAAACCACGCGCUCCAGAGAACCAUCUCCUGCCCCCAGUGCCAGGGAAGGCCCAACCUUUGACGACUUUCUCCAGCCAACAAGGUCCAACACUGCUGGCUCUGACUUUAUCGAUCCCGUACAAAAGCGCUCAUCAUGGCCAAAUCCUGCAAAAAUGUCGUCCGAGCAACUCGUCACGGCAAACAACCAUCUCAUGGCCCGUCUGAGGCCUUUUAUGGCCAACCCCUUGGCAAACGCAUCUGUCAGCGCCUUCUUCUAUAACGACAAGAUCUCCCGUCAGAGGACUGUCCAGACGAAUGCUGCCGGUCACUUUCAUCUGCGAGCCGCCCUAGACUUUGUCCCUACUCAUGUCCGCAUCCUCGCAUCCGAGGAUCUAUCUGCUACCGAGGAAGUCAAAGUCACGCCUGUAAGAGGUGUUAGCUUGAUCAGUGACAUCGAUGAUACCAUCAAGCACAGUGCAAUCACCAGCGGUGCAAGAGAAAUCUUCCGCAACGCCUUCAUCCGCGAUCUUGGAGACUUGACCAUCGAAGGCGUCAGACAAUGGUACUGCAAGUUAGCCGACAUGGGUGUGCAGAUGCAUUACGUGUCGAAUUCUCCCUGGCAGCUUUAUCCCGUGAUUACUGGCUUUUUCAAGGCUGCCGGCCUACCACUUGGAUCUUUCCAUCUGAAGCAAUACAGUGGUAUGCUGCAGGGUAUUUUCGAGCCAGUCGCUGAACGCAAGAAGGCCACUCUCGAUCGCCUUUUCCGCGACUUUCCAGAGCGCAAGUUUGUUCUCGUUGGUGAUAGCGGCGAAGCAGAUUUGGAAGUGUAUACUGAUGUGGUCCUGGAGUAUCCGGGCCGUGUGGUUGCAAUCUUCAUCCGAGAUGUCACAUCGAAACCUGACAAGGGCUUUUUCGAUCCAUCCAUGGGUCCAUUGAGCGGCGAUAGAUCGUCUAGAGGCCAUUCUCGUAACAUGUCGACUGAUAGUUUGGUCGGAGCCAAGAGACUGACCCGUCCCUCGGAUAUCCAGGACGACGACGAGGAGCUCCGCAGAGCCAUAGCCGAGUCCCUGAAGGAUACCGAGCCGGACAAGAGGUCACUGUUUGGUGCAGAUGUCGAGCCGACAAAGAUGCUUGGGGGUAGACCCACCUUGCCACCACGACGCCCGACAGACCCUCCUGCACCACAAGCAUCUGCGGUGGAGGACAACCUCAUUGACUUUAGCGACGACGAGAGCACUUCUCCAUUGUCGAAUGAACCUCAAAAGAGAGCCUACAGCACAUCGCUUGCCAGAAGACCUGCUAUCCGCUCUCACACAGAUUUACCCGCUAAGCGCGCAACCCCUCCACCACCGCCCAAACCUGCUGCAUUGCGCUCACCAUUAGGGGAUGGCACGAGCGCAAUAUUCCCUCCUCCAGCAAAGUCCUCACCUCCAGCACCGCCCAAACCUCGCAAACCAAGCACGACUGUCAAUACCACGAACGUGCCUUCACCACUAUCUCAAGUCGUCGAGCCAUCUCCCGCUGUAACAGCACCACCUCCUCUGCCGAAACGCCACUACCUCANNGCUCUGCAAAGCAAAAGCUGUCUCCCACGACCGCAUACUUUUCCUCCACCAGACGCAGUCCCACAUGGGCGUCUGAAAGCAGCGGCACCUCCACUCCCGGCGAGCAACGCACUCUGA